CAGCUCUUUUCCCCUUUCAGUGUGUUGACUUAUGUGUUCUGAUGAGCGGCUGGGGUCCGGUUGGAUGUGGAUGUCGGUUCCCCGUGCCAGAGUAACAGGUCUAUGAGGACGUAGCCAUGAAUACAGAGCAGGAAAGGCCGUUCGUGUGUAGCGCUCCUGGCUGUUCACAGAGAUUCCCCACUGAAGAUCACCUGAUGAUCCAUCGGCACAAGCAUGAGAUGACUCUCAAGUUCCCCCCGAUCAAGAAUGACAACAUGCUCUCAGACCAGACCCCCACGCCCACCCGCUUCCUGAAGAACUGUGAGGAGGUGGGGCUCUUCAACGAGCUGGAGCUGGAGCAGGACUACUGCAAGAGCCAACGAGACGACGAGGACAGCAAACAGAACAUCGCUCUACACGGCCAGGCGGCCCAGUCUCAGCACCAGCAGCCUCACGGGAGGAUGGGUGGCCAUGACAACGGAAUGGUCAUCCAGCAGGCGCUUCCGUCUCCACAGUCCAGCUCCGUCAUCACGCAAGCACCCUCCACAAACCGGCAGAUCGGUCCUGUGCCUGGCUCCUUGUCGUCUCUGCUGCAUCUGAGGAACAGACAGAGGCAGCCGCUUCCUGCGUCCAUGGCCGGCACCCUCCCCGACCCCAGCAUGCCCGGCUCAUCCGCAGUCCUCAUGCCUAUGGAGCGGCAGAUGAACAUGGGCUCCAGUAUGAUGGGGAUGCAGGGCCCCCCCCACAGCUCCUGCUCCUCCCCCCUCGGCCCCUCUAUGCACUCGGAGGCUAAACUGAGACUGAAGGCAGCUCUGGCUCAUCACCCAGGAACGGUUUCCAACGGCAACAUGAAUAGCAUGGGUCACAUGAUGGACAUGAUGUCAUCACGGCAGGAGCAGGGAGGAAAUGGGAGUGGCCACGCCCACAUGCACCUGCAGCAAGCCCCGCCCCACGCCUACCAGCACCAAUCACACGCCGUGCACCACCACCACCACCAAUCACACGCCGCGCACCACCAGCAGAGCCACGCCCACCACAUGCACCAACACACACACCAGUCGUCCCCCCACCACAUGCACUCUGGACCCCCCUCUCAGUUGUCUCCGGCUGCGCAGCAGAUGCAGCCGUCCCAGACGCUGCAGACGGGGCCCCCUAGUGGCGGGCGGAGGCGGCGCGUGGUGGACGAGGACCCGGACGAGAGGAGACGCAAGUUCCUGGAGCGCAACCGCGCCGCUGCCACACGCUGCCGCCAGAAGAGGAAGGUGUGGGUCAUCUCCCUGGAGAAGAAGGCCGAGGAGCUCACGCAGACCAACAUGCAGCUACAGAAUGAGGUGACUAUGCUGAAGAACGAAGUGACUCAGCUGAAGCAGUUGCUGCUGACGCAUAAAGACUGCCCCAUCACCACAAUGCAGAAAGAGUCUCAAGGCUACCUCAGUCCUGAGAGUAGUCCAGCAGGAAGUCCAUCAGGAGGCCCCCAGCAGCAGGUCAUCCAACACAGCAGCGUCAGCACCUCCAGCACACACACACACUGAACACACACACACUCAACACAUUCACACACACACACACACACACACACACUCAACACAUUCACACACACACACACUGAACAC